UGAAUUCCUGGCAGCCCAUUGGUCCGCGUUCCCUGUGUGCUGCCACAAUACUGCACACACGUGACCUCCCUGUUUUCACCCAGUUGGACGCGUGUACUUAAAACACAGGCCACUACCAUUCACCGACACGCACACACAAACACACACACACACACACACACACAACAACAAACAACACACGCGCAGCAUCGAUGGCAGCGAGGUGAGACCGUUUGCCGCGGCGGGGACUCGGAUCACCGGGAGCGGACCAUGGCGGCCGCCACGAGCAGCGGCGCGUCCACGCUGCCGAUGAAGCACCCCGGCAGCGAACGCACGCGGAAACGCAUCGACCCGCGCACGAGGCAAGCGGCGCUGUCCUUUCUCAGCAACAUCUCCCUGGACGGGCGACCCGUGCAGGACGAGGCGGACGGGCCCGACGAGGAGGGGGACGAGCCGCCGGAGGCUCGGACCAGACGCAGCCUGGUGUCUCCGGAGCGCUCGGUAGCGUGCGGGGCUGCCGGAGCCGCGGCGGCGGAGGCGGCGGUGGAGGCGGUGGAGGAGGAGGAGGAGGAGGAUGCGGCGGCGGUGGCGACCACGGCCGCCCAGGCGCUCGCCUUUGCAAACCAGGCUCUCCUCUCCGGCGGGCGGGCCGGCUUCGGGACGGGCGCGGACGCGGAGGGCGACGCGUUCUUGCCCGCGACGUUCGGCUCGCCGUUCUCCGCGGUGCCGGCGUCGACCCGAGGGAGGCUGCAGACGUACACGCAGGGCGUCCUACCCGUGCCCUUCGCCAGGCAAAGCUCGCAGACCUACAGCCUGGACGGAGUUCUGAUCGCCAACUCUGCGAUGGAGCUGCAGCGGUCCAGGUAAACGCGCGCGCGCGCGCGUCGCGUGGUUUGGGAACACGCCGUGGGGCGUAAAAAGUGCACGGCUGGCGAUCAAGGUGCGAUCGCGUCUGCAGGAUCUGCACCGUCAGCCCGUUAAACUGAACCUCGCUUUCACAUCACAGGAAACUUCACCGUGUGGCCCCCGGCGGGUGGAGCACAUAGAUAAGAGCAGUCCGCUGUCACUCACUUGACAGCAUUUGGUGUGUAGCUACAAUAGGAUGCCUCUGACAAACCCUCCAGUGCAGUUUGUUCGUGUGUCUUUGCACUCACCAGCAGCACUGCAGACUACCAGAGGUCCUCUUUUAGUUGGUGAACUUCCAAUACAGUAAGUGUUUGUUUCCUCACAUUGACCACGGCCCUCAAUGAAUACCGUUUUGGAAAGGUGUCUCCAGUUCUGCAGUCCUCGUGGACCCGACCAUGCACAUGCCGAAGGAUGAGGUCCACCUGUCCGUGUGUGUGUGUGUGUGUGUGUGUGUGUCGCACGGGGAUGAUUGAUGCAGUGUGAUCGACCUGGUUUCCCCUGAGAGGACAGAGACCUCUGCAGCACACCGUGUCAAUGAUGUCUCGCUUCUUUCAAAGAACGUCGCACACCUGUCGUCUCCUUCUCCUCAGCGCCGUGCAAACGUCCUGUAACUCUACACGCCCGUUCAACCCCAUUGACAAAAAGGGGACGUCUCUCUUUUAUUGGUCUUCUCCGGCUACUUUGCCUUCACCCCGGAAGGCACGAGGAGAGUUUGGAGGGUCUGACCUCUCCACAGGACAGCUGUCGGUAACAGUCGUAACCAUGGUUCCCUGUCUGUCAGAUCCUUCUGUCAAAUCCCCGCUGCUUUUCAUUCUGAGGCCCCCCCCAGUCCUCUCCUCGGUGGACUCGGCCAGACUUCUCAGGAAGCUCUGCUUCACGGGUAAACACGCAAUAGGCAUCCAGAUCCCCUUCCUGACCUCGUGGAAAUUGCGCUGCCAAACGAAAGCGGUGCUGGGAAUAAACAAAGCAUCGGAAACACCGUACAAUGUUUGCCCCGUUGUCAUGGAGUUAAAGACGUUUCCACUUUUCUUGGCAUUUAAGGACCCUUUGUGUUCCAGUUGGCGCAAAGGUCGAGAACGACGGUUCAUUCUUGACGUUGGAAACCGCAGGUUUUGGACACAAGCAGCUGAGGGACGUCCACUAGCUGAGUAACAUCAUGUGAUUUCAUCGAAAGCUCCAGAAAAUAUACCAAAGGGACCUUGUGGUUCGGUCGCUUUUCAAGGUCAAGAAUGACCUUUUGAGUCUUAAAUGUUAUGAUAGUGUCGCUGCGUUGGUGUAGAUGUGCUUUUUCAAAGACAUUGCAUUAAAAAGAAUUACACCAUCAGAUACAUUUAAUGCCUCAUUGCUGCCACAGCUUUGGCAGGAUACUUCAAGAAUGACUAUACUCUGUUAAAUGAAAAUAUCUUUUAAUUUAAAAACAAAGCUCACAAGCGAUAACUUUUCCUAAAUCACACACAUUCCAAAAAUCGGCAAAAUGCUAAACUGUACUUCUAAUAUUCCUUUGCGCUGGGGACUCUUUGGUUGGUACCAACACCGGGCCCUGUUGCAUCUCAUCUUGCAUCGUGCAUUACGGUGGGAAGUCCCCAAACCAUGACCGUACUCCGCCUUUUGGAAUGUGCUUGGAAGGUGUCCACGCAAAACGAAAUGUUAACGCCGCGAAAGCGAGCAACUCGUCGAUUGGAGCGCCGGCCGCCCGAGCGCUCCGCACAGUGCCGGGUUUGUUUUUUUCAGGGGUGGUUAGCCGGUGGAAAAUCGCGUCCAAAGGUCCCCGCGAGAGGCAGGAUGCCCAGACUUCUCUUAGAAGCAGCCCGGCUGCGCCGCUCUGUGUUCUCCGUCCUCCACUUCCUCUCCCCCUUUUCAGCAUUUCAGUCCUGCUCCCAUCCAGGAAGUGGCGGAGCCUCUGAUGUGCUGCCAAAACCGACCUUCCAAGGCCAAAGCUGCUAUCACGCCACAUCCCCAUCAGAAGCUAACGCAUGAACGCUAUGGAUGAUUUUUACAUUCGGCUUUCCUUCCACUCCUCAGCCUUCAUCCGCCAUGAAGCGGCACGCCUUUAAGUAUAGGAUACCUAUUACCAGCUGGCCUCCUCCGCCUAAAGGUGAAGCAGUCGCGGCUGGAGAACGAGGCGCACGCGCCACUAAGUCGGCCCCCGUGGAGGUUUGCGUUAUCGGGUCGCAUUCUCGCUGGUUAUGAGGCUUCAUUGUUGUUCACUUAGGUCAUCGUUGGCUUACUGGCCGGAUUAUGUAAGAGUGCUUCAGACAACCUGAACUGUCCCUCCAAACAAAGUGGUUUGGACUGAAUAACCCAUAAGACGUAGUAAAAACGCUCAGCUUCUAAUUGUCUUUCUGUUUCUUUUAAUCGUCUGCCCAUUCAUGUUUUUAAAAUCUGCUGAUUCCUCCUGUUUGUGUGAGGAUCAGAGAGGCUAAACUGCCCCCCCACACCCCCCUCCCUCCCUAAUCAGAAUAAUCCCAUUUCCAAUUUGCCUUGGCUGUAUUUGUGGGGAAAAAACAUCCCAUUUGCAUCCACUCUGCGACUCCCUGGCAAAAUGGACCAAAAACAAAGACCAUGGCGAGCUGCCAACGGGACGUACGUGUGAAACUGUGUAAUCACCACGUCUAAAUAGUCCACUUGAGUUUUAUAGCAUCAUUGCAAGGCACCGCUGGGCAGGAUCACCAGUAGCCCUUUUGGAAACUCAUUGCGAGAGGAUCGCAUUGUGUUUGCAGUCGGAGCAUCUUUCAUGAUCCACAGAUUGCAUUUCCCUAACAUGCUUAAAUAAUAUAACAGAGUGUGCUUGUUGUGCCGCGGAUUCAUACUGCGGUUUCUUUUAGAGCUUUUGGCCGGGACGUCAGACCGGGUGAAUACAGACUCCGACUCGUCGGUCCCAGUCUUGUCCGAGGUGAAUGAGUGGCCCACACGGCGUUAUUGUUUCCAGGAUCUGCAGCGGCCCCGGGAUGAAAAACCCUCUUUUGCAUUAAAACGCGUCCUGCUGGUGCUGCCGACCUGCAGGUCCUUGGAUCUGAGCAAAGUCCUCCCAGUUCAGCUGUGCCUUCAUGCACGGGGGGAGCGUUCCCUUUGGGCCCCGCUAGUGAAUGAGUUUUAAGGAUCAGUAACAAUUCACUGAGUCUCUGGAGCGGAAUAAGACCGGAGACAGACGGUCACAUUAAGAGGUUAUUUCUUUCUUGGCACGGAUUGUGCAUUUUGUGUAACACGGAGAGCUGAAGGAUGUGUUGCAACGAUUCGGUCUGUUCUGAGCGUUGUUGGUUGCUGGAAAUGGACGCGACAAAAUCGGCCAAACAUUCCUCAUUUCCUGCCAAAAGAAAUCCAGCCACAGCUUUACAGAUGCGAGGCAUCCGCAAUCAAAGUUAAUGAAAUCCAUCUUCCAACGUGCAGGAGUUUCAGUAAAAUAUCCCUCUAGUGCAGCAGUGCCAGGAAACACUGCCCAGGGUGAUUAGGGAAUCGUGCUAACGAGACAGUAGCUCUAACGGACACGCGCUUAAUCUGUCACAGUCGGACCUCUGAAGCCUCAUGGGAACGGGCCGAGGUUUACCACGCACUUUUUUUGCUCAGAGCAGAGAGUGUGGAUUUGUUUGUCUCUCAACCGAAGAGGUAUUUGCCUCAGUUAGCACGGACACGUAGAAUGAUCACAGCAAACGUACUCAUUUUAAUGUGCAUGCGCAGUCAUAUAUUAGGAGGCUACAAAAAAGCUGAAAAUGCACAUUAUUAUUAUUAUUUUUGUUGUUUAAUGCCUUGGUUCCUGUGCUUGCGGGGAAUAUCCAUUUUUAAACAGCGGCCUGCUGUAUAAACUGAGUGAGCACAGUUGUUUAAUAAAAAUAAAACCGUUUUAAAGCUCUCCGCGGUGUCGUUUAAUAAUUCUCCCUCGGUUUUACGCUGCUCGCAACACCUCUCACAUUACACAACAGUAAUUUGAUUCAUAGAAGAAAAUCCACUAUCGCAGUAAGGCCUUUUGUUAGAAACUCCACUGUAUUCAAUUUGGGAUUAAAGAGUCUGAUGAGGUGACUUUUACAUCAUCAUUUACCCUUUCCGCUCACAAUGAAUCAAAACACGGAGGCACGACAACAUAGAAAUGUUUCCAAAUCUUCCUUCAAUAUUAAAUAGUUUAAUGAUGCACCACCGUGAGAAAGGAAGAAGUCCUCUCAGUCGUCUCAGAUCUUUGCCCACCAGAUGGAUGAUGUAAGCCUGACUAUGAAUCACAUGACUCGCCCAACAGGCGGCGGCCACUCCCCAUCGUAACAACCACGUCAGCUGUCAAAAGUACCGUUCUUUGCGCUCUUCAUUAAAGUGCCUUCUUUAGGUUUCCUCGUCUCCUCAGACGCUCAACCGUGCGCUCGGCCCGAAUCGGGUUUUAACGCGGGGAGCCGCUCGAGGACGGAGUCUCCUUUGGCUCGUCCGACCUCAUGCCCUGUCGUUCAUUAACGGGGCCGCGGUGCCUUACGCUCCACCGCCGGCCCGUUCUGAGGCGCUCCGUGAAGAGGAGGGUUGGACGCCAUCCGCCAGUGUAAACACGGCCGGCGCCGUCCAACAUGAAAUGCACUGUGUUUUGUUUGUUUGCAAUCUCACUUGCAGAGUUAUUGAAAGCCCCCUCGGGAGGACGCGUCACAUUUUUGUUAUUUCCCCACUAAUGUGUUUUACAUCCACUACUUUUGAAUAUUACCACUUUUUAAAGCAGAUUAAUGGUGUUGGGUUUUUACUGUGGCGCUGAACGUACAAUCACAGGCUAAUUUUGGAUCAGCUCAGGCGUGCUUUGCCAUCGCAUGCGGGUUUGUUUGUUGAACUGGCAGCCGGUCGUAUGAAAAAGGGUUCAGCAGAAUUGGCCUCUUGAGUCGCGCAACCAGUGUGUAAAAACGAAGGCCAUCUGGGACAAAAAAAAACGUGCCACACAAAGUGCUCGUUAUCCUUUUAGCCGCUCUGAUCCCGGAAAGUUCUCUGCCAUCGACGCCAGAUUGAGGAGUGAUGAUUGACCAGACACGGCAGACCGACGGGUGAUGAUUUGCCACCAUUGCUCGACCUCCAGCGCCGAGUCGUCAUUGACUACGGUCGUGUUUAGUUUCUGGGAUUUGUAUUGAACCUUUCAUGCUAUUUGAGUAGUGGAUGAGAUUGGUUUGUGACUGAAGUUGUAUUGUCAUACUUUUUUAUAACAGUUUUGUUAACUUUGCCAAAAAUGAUUGUACCCAAAACUUGUGUGUGAGAUACCAACACGUGGUUUAUUAAUAAGUGACAGACGUCCCGGAUUACGAUUCCCAGUAGAUGUGUAACUGUACCGUGAUGUUUUACCCACCUAUUGACCCACUUGAUUUACACGAAGUAGGUAAAUGGAGAUUUCUUUCAGAAUUCUAUGUCUACGAAUGCUCAUUGCUGAUUAUUCUAAAAGCUAAACCAUUCCAGGUGUUGCUUUGCUGUUGAAUUGGCUUUAAUUUCAAUCAAAUUAUUUUGCAGCAUUACUAUUUGUCCAAAAACAAAAAGAUGGAUUACAUCCCUUAUUUUGAGAGCUG